GGCCGGCGCGCGCGCGGAAGCGGAUGCGGGAGCGCGAGCGCGGCGCGCGCGGGAGAUUCGGGAGCUGCGGCGCGUGCGGCUCCGGGCUCAAGGAUGGUGCAGAUCGUGGUCUCCAGCGCUGGGAGCGGCAGCACGGGGCGGUGGGUGCUGCUGGAGCUGCAGGGCGAGGUGGAGCCGCGGCAGAGCCGGGUGCUGGCCGGGAGCCUCCUGGGAGACCUGCACUACACCCGGGAGGGAGUCCCCGUCCUCAUCGUGGGGCACCACAUCCUCUACGGGAAGGUGGUGCAGCUGGACAAGCCCUUUGCUGUCCUGGUGAAGCAAGGAGCCACGGAACCUGGCCCCACGGGGCUCCCAACCCGCUACACCGUCACUGCCCUUAUCAAAACCAAGCUGCUCUUCAAAACCCGCCCCAAGCCCAUCAUCACCAACGUCCCCAGGAAGCUGUGAGGGGCUCUGCUGCUGGCCUGGAGCUCCAUGCUGCUGCCAGGCAGCCCCAAGGCUUGGGAAGAGCCCAGCUCCAGCCUCAUUUCUGUCCUGGAUGGAGGACUCAUGGGAUGACCUCUGGGCACUGGGUCCUGCCUCUGGGCAACCACAGCUCUUCCCAGGUCACUUUUUGGGCCCUGUAAUGACUGAUGCUGAGAGCUGCAGAGCUCUGGGGCACAAACCCAGGUCUUGUGAGGUCUGGGGCACCAACCCAAGUCCUGUCCCUCUCCUCAGACACUGCCCUUGCUCUGUGCAAGUCUUUAUUUGGACAAAUCCAUCAGGAUAUAAAAAACAGACUUAUUUUUUUCUUCCAAAAUAUGAAACAAACCAACCCCUGCAGGUUAAAAAAUAAAUAGAUCUUACAAACAAUUAGC